AUGGGCCAGACUUUAUCAGAGCCUGUGGUCGAGAAGACUUCAUCCGAGGGUGAAGAUGAGUGUUGUGUGUAUGGUGUCUCGGCCAUGCAGGGUUGGCGAAUCAGCAUGGAGGAUGCCCACGCUGCGGUGCUAGACCUUCAAGCGAAAUAUAAGGACAACACGGAACAGCCUACCGCACCCGACAAACGUCUCGCCUUCUUUGGUGUAUACGAUGGACAUGGAGGAGAUAAAGUGGCUCUAUUUGCUGGUGAUAAUGUCCACAAGAUCGUCUCGAAGCAGGAAUCAUUUCGCAAGGGCGAUAUCGAGCAGGCGUUGAAGGAUGGCUUCCUGGCUACUGACCGGGCUAUUCUGGAAGACCCCAGAUAUGAAGAAGAAGUCUCUGGCUGCACAGCAGCUGUCAGUGUGAUCUCGAAGCAUAAAAUCUGGGUGGCCAAUGCUGGUGACUCGCGUUCUGUGUUGGGUGUCAAGGGCCGCGCAAAGCCCCUUUCUUUCGACCACAAGCCUCAGAAUGAAGGCGAGAAGGCCCGUAUUAGCGCCGCUGGUGGUUUCGUCGACUUUGGCCGUGUCAAUGGCAACCUCGCCUUAUCUCGCGCCAUUGGUGAUUUCGAAUUCAAGAAGAGCGCCGAGCUGUCGCCUGAGCAACAAAUUGUUACGGCCUACCCCGAUGUGACAGUCCACGACCUGAGUGAUGACGAUGAGUUCUUAGUAAUUGCCUGUGAUGGUAUCUGGGACUGCCAGUCUUCUCAAUCCGUUGUUGAAUUUGUCCGGAGAGGUAUUGCCGCCAAGCAGGAUCUUUCUCGUAUCUGUGAGAACAUGAUGGACAACUGCCUUGCCUCUAACAGCGAAACCGGCGGCGUUGGAUGUGACAACAUGACCAUGGUUAUCAUCGGUCUCUUGAACGGCAGGACUAAGGAAGAAUGGUACAACCAAAUUGCAGAACGGGUGGCUAACGGCGACGGCCCUUGCGCUCCACCUGAGUACGCUGAAUUCCGUGGCCCCGGUAUCCAUAACCAAUUCGAGGAAAACCCGGAUGACUAUGAGCUUGAGAUUGACCGAUCGCGUGGUUUCAGCGUCCGUUCUGGCCGGAUCAUUCUCCUUGGUGAUGGCACCGAAGUGAUGCCUGAGCAGAAUGAAGAGGAGCUCUUUGACCAGACCGAAGAGGAUCGGGAUCUUGUGAGUCAGGUGCAGCGUGAAUCGCCCGAUACCACCCGGAAUGAGCGCGAAGGAACUCCUGGACCUCAGUCGAAGAAUGAUGGUAAUAAGGCCGAUGAGUCUACUACCAACAUAUCGGAAUCACCUGCAUCCACCACGGAUCAUUCUUCUGGCAAUGCCACUGGAGAGCCAGAGAAGUCCACGUCCUCGUAG